CUCCUUUCUCCUACAACAUGAUUCAGUUUUCGCUUUCAUUCUCAUAACUCAUUCAUUCAAUUAUUAUCAUAAUUUCUCUGUUUUCUUCUGUUCUCUUCUCACAACUAUUCCAAAGUGGGCACCUUUUUUUUUUUUACUCCCUCUCUCUAUCUAGAAAGACCCAGCCAGCCAGGUAGUUACAGUAGCUGUUUUUAUUGUAAAUAAAGGGUGAAGAAUGGAUGCUAUACGGAAGCAAGCAAGCAAGUUAAGGGAACAAGUUGCAAGGCAACAGCAGGCCAUACUUAGACAGUUGGGUCAAAUUAGCAAUGAACCGCUCAUGACUGAUGAAUCUGAAAUUGAAUGUCACCAGCACCUUCAGAAGUUAUACACUUCCACAAAGACAGCUAAGCAUUUUCAGCGGCAUAUUGUUCGAGCUAUAGAAGGGUUCAUCUCUGUUAGCUCCAAGCAGAUGGAGAUAGUGAGGAGGUUGGCUAGGGACUGCUGUAGGUAUGGGACUGAGAAUCUUGGUAGUGGUUACCCUCUUGCAAGGGCUUCUCUUCAAUUUGGUAACUCGUAUGAUAUGAUGGAAAAUGAGAGGGAAACUUUGCUCGGGAUCUUAGGUGAUCAGAUCUCUGAGCCACUGCGGGCACAAAUAACAGGAGCUCCUUUGGAGGAUGCACGCCAUCUCACUCACCGGUAUGAUAAACUUCAUCAAGAAGUAGAAGCACAGGCUGCUGAAGUUUUGAGGCGUCGAUCAAAGUUGAGGAAUUCUUCUGUUUCUGCAGAGAGUUCUGUGAGGCUUCAGAAUGCAGAAACAAGGUUGAAAGAACUUAAAUCUGCCUUGGCAGCACUUGGUAAAGAAGCUACCGCUGCUAUGUUGUCCGUUGAAGAACAACAGCAACAGAUGACUCUCCAGAGCCUUCGUACAAUGGUGGAUGCAGAGAGAGCCUAUCAUCAGCAUGUCCUUAUUAUUCUAGAGAAAGUAUAUACUGAGAUAACUGAUGAGAAACAACCAAAAGAGGCUACAUCAGUUCCACCGCCAAGAGAUGGACAUAAUCAACCUGCAGAUGAGAAUACUGCUUCAAAUGGCAUUGAUUAUAAACACAACAGUCAAACAGGCACCUACUUUUUUGCAAAGGUCGUACAUCCAUUUGAUGCUCAAGCUGAGGGGGAGUUAAGCCUAUCAGUUGAUGAUUUUGUUGUAGUUCGCCAGGUUGGUCCGAAUGGAUGGUCUGAAGGAGAAUGCCAAGGCAAUGCUGGAUGGUUUCCCACUGCUUAUGUACAGAGACAGGACUUGAUACCUGCCAACAAGGUACCAGAAUAACGUCACUCAAUACCAACAUUGGUCUUUUGAUUAGGUGAGGUGAAAAUUGUAUAUUAUACUCACGGAAUAGGUGCAUUUGAAAAGCCAUAGCAUAUGCUUGCUAUUAUUUUUGGGUGGUUCUGUCAUCUGUGCAGUGUGUUGUAUAUGUGAUGUGAGCUUAAUUGCAAUAGGAAAUAACAGUUUGAAUUUGUAGAUUGAUAUAUUAUAUGCAUUUUCUUUUAGACCCUUUGUCAUUCUGAGGAACUUAGUUUUGGAGAUGAAAAGCUUAGUGAGGUGGCUAAAUGUUACUUUUAUGCUGUCCAUAUUCUAUAGGAUUGUUUGUAAUUCGUAAGUAAGACAUGGCAAGAAUCACUGUAUUAUGAAAUCUUCCGAUUUAUCUAUAUGGAAAAAGUAUUUUAUUUUUUA